GUACAUGUAUGCGCGAUAAAGUUCCCGAUGUGCCCUGAGCUCAGUCAGCAUUUGUCUGCUCCAAGAGGAACACACUGGAAUUUUUCAAGACACUAGGAGGCAAACUAAGACCAGCAAAAUGACUCUUUACGACACAUAUAAGUACAUCAUCUAUGACCUUUGUGAUCCUCGGGCUUUUCAAUAUACUUAUUUAGCAUCACCAUGGCCCGCGUCUAUUAUUCUCUUUGCCUACAUAUAUUUUAUUAAAGUGUGUGGUCCCAGAUUUAUGAAAGAUCGACAACCAUACAACAUCGACUGGUUAAUGCAUCUGUACAACCUGAGUCAAUUAUAUUGGAAUACAUAUUUGUUCUCGUAUAUCUACGAUAUUUAUAAAGCCGCUCAAGAAGACAAAGACUUUUCGUUUUGGUGUAUGCCUGUGACAUACUCGGACGAUAACCCUGUGUCAAAAAUAAUCCAGUUUAUUCUCGUGCUCAUCCAUUGUUUCUCAGUAUUUUUCCAACCUUCAUGUUAUUAUAACACGUUUGUGACUGGACUGGCAGUGUACCAAACUGCAGGGUUUUUGUACCUAUUUCUUCACUGGUACAUAAAAGCGUACCGGCUCGAGAAGAAGAAAAAGUGAACACAAAAUAGUGUGUGAAAAUAACAUUGUCUUCGCAGUCAUUCCAUUAAGCAUCCUGUGAAUCAUCGGGCUAGUGACAAUGUAACAUUAUUAAUAUGAAUGAAGGGGGCAUAAAGACUGUUUUAUGUUUUGUUUAUAUCAUUAACUGACAAGCAGGAUUUCAGUAUUACGAAUUUAUAUUAGCUACGAUAAACGUAUUUUCUACAAUGUUCAAUAAAUACACGUAACUGUACCUAGCAAAAGGUCUGCCUAUUAAAAAACUAAACUAUAAAUUUUAUAUUAUAUUCGAACAAUAUAUCUACCUGUUUGUUUGUUAUUGAAAGAAAGUACAGAAUAAUUUAACAGAAAGUGCUGAAGUCAAAUAAAUUUAAAGUAUUUUUGAAUGUAUUAAACGCAAUUAAAUGUCAUAGGAAG